AUGCACGUGCUGCUAUCCAGAUCGUCCCUCUUCGUUCUGCCACUCCUGGCACUCGUGGCGCUUGGCCACGAGGACACCAGAAGAGAUCCAAUCGACAUCCUCAAGGUCAAAAACCUCCUCAUCAAAGACUACACGGGACCACUGACCCACGAAACCCUCGACCUAUUCCACAACAUCGAAUCCCUCGAUCUGAGGAACUGCAACUUCACCCCCUUCCACGAGAGCUUCCUCCACCCCCUGCCCAACCUCAAACGUCUGGCCAUCUCCAACAACGUGAUGGAACGCGUGGACCACGACACCAGCGGCUGUUGCGGCCACCUGGAGGACCUGGAACUGACCAACAGCGGCGUCGGCGACCUGGAAGAGGUCGAACUGAAGAAGAUCGGGGCCAUGAGGUCGCUCAAACGUCUCGUCUUCCACAACGAGAAGAUACCGAUCCUCCACGAGGACACCCUGACCGACACCAACCUGGUGGACGUCACGAUCAAGCACUGCAACCUCGCCUCCAUCGAGGACGGCGCCUUCAAGAAGCUCCAGAAGCUGGAGAAUCUGAACCUGAAGAAGAACCAGCUCAAGGAGAUCAAGAAGGAGGUGUUGGCGCCCCUGACCAACGUCAAGGUGAUCAAUCUGAGCGGGAAUUUCCUGGAGAAGUUGACCACCGACAUGAUACCGUCCCUGCCCAAUUUGGAGCUUCUGAUCGUGGCCCACAACCCCAUCAAGGAGUUCAAUCUGGAGGGUAUUAAGGAGGUCGCGCCGAAACUCAAGACCGUCGAUAUUUCCGGCAUAGAAGUGGAUACCUCAAAGAGUGGUGGAAUCAAUUUAGUUAAACACGCCGUUUUGUGA